GCAACCAGAGUAAUACAACUAGUGUGGCUAUUAUCCGCCUUAGUGGUCACUCAAGGUUUUGUUGUGAUAAAAAUACCAACAUAUUGGAUUCUUUCCAUACGAGAACUGUUUUCGUUGUAUGUUUCUGGAACUAAGAUGGAGGUGCUAGGUCGGUUCGUCCGUACGAUCGUCCGGAGAAAAACGAUUGAUAACAAGACAUUGAAGGAUUCCCGACUAAAAAGAGGACUCAACAUAUUCGACCUGGUCGGAAUAGGCGUUGGCGGGUCUUUAGGCAUCGGGGUAUACGUCAUCAUCACGCACGUGGUCAAGCAUCAGACAGGACCGUCCACUGUGCUGUCGGUGUUGUUUGCCGGCGUUGCAGCCCUCUUAUCAGCCAUCUGCUAUGCUGAGUUCGCCAUGCGCCUUCCCCGAGCAGGCGCAUCGUAUCUAUACACUUACGCCGUGCUGGGAGAACUGUGCGCCUUUACUGUUGGCUGGACUAUGGUACUGGAGCACAUCAUUGGUGCAGCUGCUGCAGCCAAGGCAUGGAGCCAAUACCUGAACGUACUCAUGAAUGGGACUGUCAACAGAUACUUUGAGGAGCAGCUUCACUGGUCGUUGGGUCCCAGAGCGUCAGAUAGCCCGGAUGUUGUCGCCUGCGCUCUUGUCAUCGUCGCCCUAAGCAUCGUCAUUGUCGAUGUGAAGGUGUCUGCUGUAGUCAGCUGUAUAUUCACUUUCCUGAAUGGAUUGGUGAUCCUGUGCUUGAUGUGUGUCGGGUUUUUCCACGUUCGUCACGAAAACUGGACGGACCCGCCGGGUUUCUUUCCCUACGGUUUUUCUGGGGUGGUGAGUGGUGCGGGGACGCUGUUUGUGGCCUUCUCGGGCGUGGAGGUGGUGGCCAGCAGUACCGAGGACACAAAGGAACCACUUAAAGUCACGGUCAGCGCCAUCUUUACCACACUGGCCGUCUGCUUCGCCACAUAUUUUGGCGUCACGUGCGCCCUAACCCUGGCCUAUCCAUGGAACAAACUCACGGACGAAGUGGCUCUACCUUUGGCGUUUGAGGCUAGAAACAUAGGCGGAUCUAAGUACGUGAUCGGAGUAGGAGGGCUAUGUGGUCUGAUAGCGUCUACACUCGGAUGUUUAUUCGCCGUUCCUAGAAUUCUUUAUGCAAUGUCAAACGACAAAAUAAUAUCGAAAUGUCUUGGACAUAAUCCUAUUUGUAAAAGGAAUACGGGCAUAUCGUGUUUCGGUGUAGCGUUUGGAGGAAUAGUGUCGGCAGCUUUUGCUACGUGUUUCUGUCUUGAAGUUUUGAUCGAGAUUAUGGCUAUUGGCACAUUGCUUUCAUUUUCCAUGGUAUCCCUGUGUGUGUUAUGUCAGCGGUACCAGCCGGGUCAUAUCGGCCUUUACCAGGAGUACGAUUCCAUGGAUGACAGCAGGUAUAUGCAGUGUACAGAAUUCGUGUACGAUUUACCUUACACUUCCGGCAGUUAUUCCACAGAUACUCCACCUCGGCUUAAAACUCGUCCACCACAAAAUGUAUGUGAUGGAACAGAAUCCCAGCCACUUACGGGUGGUGUGCAAAGGGGUAUGACGUAUCAAAAAAUGGAUAGUGUCGUCAAGACAACACCGUCCGGAAGUAUGAGCAGUCUAUUUCAGAUUCCCAGUGACAUUCCUCUGGAACCUACAAGUCGGACGUUACGUACAGCUUCCAUAGCUCUUGUUGUAUAUAUUGUAUCGUGCUUGGUGCUAGCCUUGUUUGUCAAGCUUGCCGGAUGUUACGUCACAAACGUGUCAUGGUGGGCUUUAGUUGUAAUACUUUGUUGUGCGAUCUCCUUGGUUACAACGACAAUACUAAUCACCAAACAACCACAGAAUCAGACCCGAUUGAUUUAUAGGGCCCCUUACGUUCCCUUUGUGCCAUUGACGUCACUACUGCUGAAUAUAUUCAUGAUGACAUCCUUAUCUUAUGCGGUGUGGAUGCGAUUUUCAGUGUGGCUACUUUUAGGUAUAUUUCUGUACUUCGUUCACGGUUACCACUCCAGCGCUGAACAGGACGUAGACGACCAGGAGGUAGUGUUAUAUGCAAUAGGAGAGCAGGACGAAAGUUAAACACCGGUGUUUUAAAAUAUGGCCAACAAGAAUUUGACGAUAUCAUGCAUUGUCAAGACUUAAGGAUCAUGCGUAACGGUCAUUGGAUGUUUAAUUUUAGACUGUUCAAUCAUUUCUACCCAAGAUUGUUAUCAUAUUCCAUGAAAAUGACUUUUGUUACUGUAGCCUUUUUCAGCAAAUCCAUUAUCCUUUUUGAAAUCAUCCUCGAUACUCCAGGGCACGUUUUCAUGAAACCGUUCUGAUGCUCAAGCAUGGGUUUUGCGUUCAAGUCGAACUUCUUGUUCCUGUUAUAAAUUAAUAAAAACAAUCUUAUUUUGUCAAUGAUUUUGAAAACAUUGAAGAAACUUGAA